GAACGUGUUUGAUAAAAUCCAAAUAAAUUGAUAGAUAUGUCAGAGCAUGUGGAACUGCAGCAUUUAGUGGAUGCUGAUAUGGAAAGUAACACAACAAAUCAUAAAAGAAAGUUUUUUACUCUAUUAUGUAAAUCGUGUCCUUAUCUAGGUCUAGUAUUAGCAACACUGUCGUCCUUGUUCUUCUCAUUAUGUAGUGUAAUCGUUAAGAGUUUAGUAGAGAUAAAUCCAACAGAGAUGGCAAUGUUCAGAUUCUUUGGGGUAUUGUUACCAGCUAUACCAAUUGUGAUUUAUAAAGGUGAACAUCCUUUUCCAAAAGGACAUAGACUAAUACUUAUUCUAAGGAGUUUUAUUGGUACAACAGGACUUAUGUUAAGUUUCUAUGCAUUUAGACAUAUGCCAUUGGCCGAUGCCUCAGUUAUUGUAUUUUCUGUUCCUGUAUUUGUAUCAAUAUUUGCCCGGGUAUUUUUGAAAGAACCUUGUGGAUUAUUUAACGUUGUUACUGUAUGUUUAACAUUGAUUGGUGUGAUAUUGAUAACACGACCGUCAUUAAUUUUUAGUCACACCAUAGAAUCUCUCUCAGAUGGUCAAGUUAAGUCAGAACAUGCAGAUUUAUGGAGUGCUAUGGCUGCUUUCUCAGCUACUUUAUUUGGUGCGAACGCAUAUGUUUUACUACGUGCAUUAAAAGGUCUUCAUUUCUCUGUUAUAAUGACAAAUUUUGGUUCAUUUGCUUUAAUUCAAACUACACUCAUAUCAUGGGCAAUUGGUGCAUUGUGUAUGCCACAUUGUGGUAUAGAUAGAGUUUUAAUUGUUGCACUCGCACUGUUUAGUUUUGCAGGUCAAAUCUUGUUAACUUUAGCUCUUCAGAUUGAACAAGCUGGUCCAGUGGCCAUAGCAAGAUCUACAGAUAUUGUCUUUGCGUUUUUUUGGCAAGUAUUAUUUUUUAAUGAAAUUCCAAAUCGAUAUUCUGUAGGCGGGGCUAUAUUAGUCACUAGCUCAGUUUUGUUAACAGGCUUAAGAAAAUGGGCUCUCUCAUUACCGGAAACAUCAAAUAUAAAAAAAUCUCUUGGAAUCUUAAUGAUAUAA